AUGCUUGGAGGCCUGGGGCCUGGGGGCCUGGGAGCCCAGGGCAUGGCAGGACCCCUGCGGGGCAGGGUAGAGGAACUGAAGCGGCCCUGGUGGCGGGAGAGCUCACCCCUGGUGCUGCAGCACAGCGAGGCAGCUCGUCUGGCGGCUGACGCCCUCCUGGAGCGGGGUGAGGCCGCCUACCUGCGGGUCAUCUCCGAGGAGCGGGAACUGCCCUUCUUGAGUGCCCUGGAUGUGGACUACAUGACCAGCCACGUGCGUGGGGGUCCUGAGCUUGGUGAGACCCAGGGACCGGAGGCCUCAGUGCCCGACCGCCUCAGCCUGCUCUCAGAAGUCACUUCGGGCACUUACUUUCCCAUGGCCUCUGACAUCGAUCCCCCAGACCUGGACCUGGGCUGGCCUGAGAUUCCACAGGCCACAGGCUUCAGCCCCACCCAGGCUGUGGUCCACUUUCAGCGGGAGAAGACCAAGAACAUCAAAGACCUUCUGCGUUUCCUCUUCAGCCAGGCUCGCACGGUGGUGGCUGUGGUGAUGGAUGUAUUCACCGACAUGGAGCUCCUAUGUGACCUCAUGGAGGCCUCUAGCCGGCGUGGCGUCCCCAUCUACCUGCUCCUGGCUCAGGAGCACCUGAGCCACUUUCUGGAGAUGUGCUACAAGAUGGACCUCAAUGGAGGGCACCUGCCAAACAUGCGUGUACGGAGCACAUGUGGGGACACAUACUGCAGCAAGGGAGGCCGCCGCUUCACGGGGCAGGCCUUGGAGAAGUUUGUCAUCAUUGACUGUGAGCAGGUGGUUGCAGGCAGCUACAGCUUCACCUGGCUUUGCAGCCAGGCACACACCAGCAUGGUGCUGCAGCUGAGGGGCCGCAUCGUGGAAGACUUUGACCGGGAGUUCCGCUGUCUGUAUGCCGAGUCCCGGCCCGUGGAGGGCUUCUGUGGCGGCGAGGAUCCCAGGGCACCAUGCCCUCCUCCGGUGGCCCUGGCCUUUGGGCCCAGCGUCCCAAGCCCCAUGUCCUCAUCGCCUUCCAGUGCCAGCCUCAGCAGCAUCAAGCACUCCCCACUCAUGGGCCGUUCCUCCUACCUGGCUCUACCAGGGGGCGGUGGCUGCAGUGAUAAGGGUAUUGGGUCCUCAUCCCCAGGCCCUGCUAGUCGCAAAGCCAGUGGCCAGCCCUCCCUACAACGCCAGCUGUCGGAUCCUGACCAUGGCUCCCAGUCAGGGCCCUACAGGGCCAACCUGGGCAAGAUGGGGGCAUCCCCAUGGUCCCAGUCCUCCCCUGCCCUCAAUCACAAUAGCACCAGCCCCUUGACCCUGGCAGUGGGGUCACCUCUGCUUACCUGCCCACGCUCCCUCCUCCCCUUCUCCCGGGGUGUCCCAGCCCUGUCUAGGCUCCCAGAGAAUGGGCUCCCAGGAAGCCAGGAGCCUACCCCCCCACGAGGUCGCUGGAUACCUGGCGCAGCCCUGGAGACAGUGGAGGAGAAGGUGUCUCUGAGCCAGAGCCAUGGCCAGCUGGAUCGCCUUGUCCCCUUUUCCAGGGCCCGAGAAGCAAGAGGCCCUGAUUCUGGUGUUACUGCCAACUCAGACUCCCUUUGGCCUGGUGAGCAGGCCCGAAAGGACAGGAGGUUAUCUCCAAACCAGAGAUACAACCAGGCAGAUCUCCUGCCCCGGGCCCAAGGUGCUGGGGGUGCCCCUGAGUCAGGUUCCCCCAGAAUUGGCAAUGGAAACCCAGAGGAUAAGAGGCUGCCUCCAAACCACAGCCAUGGCCAACUGGGUCUCCUGGUACAGUCCCCCAAGGCUGGGGGCUCCAGAGCGCCCCCUGAAGCCAACUCAGCCAGGGCUGGCAAGCAGGGUCCAGAUGAGCGACGGCAGACCCUGGGCCACAGCCAGCUGGAUCUCAUCACAAAGUUUGGCCCAUUCCGGGGCGAGGGGCCUGGGCCCAAUAGUCUCCCGGGACCGAGCCAUGCUUGCAAGCCUGGAAUGGGCUCUGGGGAUGAGAAGCGGCUGACUCUGGGCCACAGCAAGCUGGACCUCAUCACCAAGUACCAUCAGUUACAGGGUGCCAGGCAGGGACCUGAGCAUGGCCUCCCUGGGGGCCCCACAGGUGGCCAUCGCAAUGGCAGUAGCAAUGGCCCAUUUGGGAAUGAGAAACGGCUGACCCUGGGCCACAGCAAACUGGACCUCAUCACUAAGUGCAACAAGUCCAAGUUCAAGCUUCUCCGAAGCCGCUUUGAGUCCUAGCCUUGCUCCCAGCAGGGACAUGUCCCUCCUUCAUCUGCUGAGACUCUAGAUUUGCUCAGGUCCCAGACUCUGGGGUGGAAGCUAGGGCAGAGGCUGCAUGGGGAGGAGAGGGUGUCUAAAAGCCAAGGUCAGAUACUCUCUGGGCUCAGGAUUCUUGCUUACACACACACACACACACACACACACACACACGGGGAAAUAGAACCCACAGUUAAUGUCAUUUGUCACUGUGCUGGGCACUUCACACCAGUUAUAUCUCAUCCUUCAUCCUUACAUCCUACAAGACGGAACCUCUGGUAGGUAAUCCUAGGAUCAGAGGUGUUAUCUUCCCUAUUUUAUACAUGUGGUAGCUGAGUUUGAUGACUUGCUUGGAAUCAGGUCUAAGUAAGUGGCAGAGUAGGGGCUCAAACCCGUGUCUCUUACUCCUAAGAUUGUGUUUUUGCAUAGACACAACCCACAUUAUCAACAAUUCAUAUGUCCCCAUGUACACAAAAUGCACACAUCACAGAGAUACCCCAAAUGCCUGCACAAUAUACAUAGCAUACUAACAGGGUGCACACCCACAAGUGGCACACCCAUGAACACAAUUAAUGUCAUUUGGCUGAGUGAAUGACUACACCAAAUAUAUGCAUUCAGAAACAUUGUAGACCCCUCAGGACCCACAGACUGAAAAUAUGCACAUAAACACACACACACAACAGGACAUGUGCCAACUUUUCUUGUACCUAAGCUGUGUACCCAGCCCAGCUGGGCAUGCUAUAGGGCUGACAAAUGAAUCAGACACAGUCCCUGGAUUAAAUGCCUAAAUCACUGGCCAGCAAGACAAGGUUGUACCUAAUUAAAGGCAAACCAAUGAAAGAGGUUGGUAGAGAAUGAAGGGCAGAGAGUUAUAGUGACAGUAGAACGUGGAAGAACAUUUUUUAGAGGAGGCACCCUUUGAGCCAGGCCUCAAAAGAUGGGGAGGAUUUGGAUGGGUGGAGAGUGUUGGAGGAAUUCCUGGCAGAGUGGACCAGGUGAAGAGAUACUAGGGAGGGGACUGAGGAGGUGGGUGUGAGGUGACCUGGAGAGGAUGAGGAAGAUGUGCAUACCCAGACUCUGACUUGCGCAUGCGUGCGCACACACACACAUGCACACAUACACACACAUUUUGCUGAGUGUUCCUAGAAGCACAACCUCUGAGGCAAGUUUAGGGGCCUUUUCCUGAGCUCACCACCUGCCUGGGACAGUGUUACACAUGGUACAAAUCAAUAAAAGCAGACAUGUUAUAACUGCCCCAACAGCA